AUGACACGCUCCCUCCUGUCCCCAGGUCCUCCCACGCUGGUUGUCACGCCGACCAAGCUCAUGUUGAGGGAGCUGCCCCACCCCGAGGCACCGCGAGACUCCUCCCCCCCUCCGCAACCCCUGGCCUCCCCCCUGCCCCGGGCCUCCCCGCAGGCCCCUCGUCCUGGCCUGAAGCUGGGUGUGGCCAGCCUGCUCUUCCACCAGACCCAGAGCCCCAGAGAGGCUCUCCAGGUGCACAGCUUCUCCAGGCAGCAGCACACCCAGCUGCACGUGCACAGCUACGCUCGCGAGCACCAGCCCCGACACCUGCAGAACAAGAACCAGGCCCAGAACCAGGCCCAGAACCAGGCCCAGAACCAGGCCCAGAACCAGGCCCACACUAUCAGCCCUGUGAGGAACGAGUCUACGAUCCUUCAAACCAAACUGGAUCAUCAGAACCAGGCCAAAGCAGAACAGGAAACAGCACAGAGUCUGUCCAAAACCCAGGGUGGGGGCCUGGCCGUGGGGCAGCAGCAGCUAGGCGAGGCCCAGGCUGCCGGGGAGAGGCCUAAGGCCUGCCGCAGUCCAGGCCUGGGCCGGGCAGAGGCAGCACAGGUAGGGAGGAGGCAGGCAGAGGCAAAGAGGCAGGCAGAGGCAAAGAGGCAGGCAGAGGCAGCACAGGCAGGGAGGCAGGCAGAGGGGGAGUCGACAGACAGCAAGCACAAGUCUGUGUCUGGUGCUGGCCAGCAGGGGGCAGCAGAGCAGGGCCAGUCCUACUGUCAGACUGUGAAGAAGAAGCAGCUGCUCCAGAGCCUGCCUCGACAGCACCCUCUGCUCAAGGAAGCCCACAGCGACCACGAGGAGGAGGAGGGGGGGCAGGGGGAGGCCUGGCGCCGAUGCAGCCCCGAGGCAGAGAGGGACUACAACUCCCAAACUGGUCUCCAGAGCCCGUACUGUGCUGUCUGCCUGCUGUUCCACACACACCAGCAGACGGAGGGUCCUGGGGUGCAGCUGCUGGGGGUCCAGGGGGGGCCUCAGCGCUCCAGGCCCCUGAUCCCAGAGGUGUGCUUCAGAAGCUCACACAAGAAGGGGGCGGGGCCUGGGGAGGGGGUGGGGGAUGGGGCGGGGCCUGGGGAGGAGGACCUGACCACGCCCCAUCUAGAGCCAGACGGGACCAGCUGGCUGAUCAGCUGCUCGCGGUGCUGCGUCCGAGUCCACACCAGUUGCUACGGCGUCCCGGAGGGGGCGAAGCCAGGGACCUGGCAGUGUGCCCGCUGUGAGGCUGACGCACAGACCCAGGACUGCUGCUUGUGUCCUCUACGUGGUGGAGCUCUGCAGAGAGCCAACAACGACAAAUGGGUGCAUGUCCUGUGUGCCAUCACCGUGCUGGAGGCUCGCUUCGUCAAUGUGGUAGAGCGCAGCCCUGUCGACCUGAGAGGGGUCCCGCUGUCCAGGUUCCGACUGAAGUGCCAGGUGUGUAAGCAGCGAGGAGGGCCCCAGCUGACAGGAUGUUGUGUCCAGUGUUCCCAUGGCCGCUGCUCUACGGCGUACCACCCCUCCUGUGCCCAGGCGGCUGGAGUGCUCAUGUACCCUCAUGACUGGCCCUUCAUCGUGUUCAUCUCCUGCCAGAGACACAAGGCCUUCCCCGAGAGAGACCAGGCCAAACUGCGGGCGCUGCAGGUGGAGCAGGUGGUGAUCUGCAAGCACAAGAACAGUCGUUACUACCGCUGUGAGGUGGUGGAGGUCAGCACAGCCUCCUUCUACCAGGUCACCUUCACCGAUGGCUCCUUCAGCAACGACCUGCUGCCCGAGGACAUAGAGAGCAGGGACUGUGCUCAGCUGGGACCCCCUGCUGAGGGGGAUGAUGUUCAGGUCCGCUGGACAGAUGGUCUGUUGUACGGAGCCACAUUUGUAGCAUCACACACCAUCCCCAUGUACCAGGUGGAGUUUGAGGAUGGCUCUCAGUUGUCGGUGAAGAGGGAGGACCUAUACAGUCUGGAUGAAGACCUGCCUAAGAGAGUCAAGUCCAGAAUGUCGGUGGCAUCUGACAUGCGCUUCGACGGGAUCUUCACGGAGGAGGAGGUGAAGCAGGACUCCAAGAGGCAGCGUGUGUUUAACUCCCGCUACCGCGAGGCCUAUGUAGAGCCAGUCAUCUACAGAGCCAUCCUGGAGUAGACUAUCUCACACACACACACAGAGCCAUCCUGUAGACUAUCACACACACACACACACACACAGAGCCAUCCUGUAGACUAU